CUAUGACUACACUCUCUCCGAAUAAAAAAAACAAAAAUGGCAAUUUCAUCAACAGCAGCUGCGGCAGCUACUUCUGCAAAUCUUAGAUACCCUUACGCCUCCCCUAUCUCAACUCACUCUCACUCCGCAACCACCACCUCCAACUUCUCCUCAAAACCCACAAAACUAACCCCUACCCACCUCUCCUCUUCCUUCACCCCACCUUUCCUCACCACCAUUGCCACCACUACCGUCAUCUGCCGCCGUGGAGGAGCUCUUACUGUCAAAGCCGCCCGUGGCAAAUUCGAACGCAAGAAACCCCACGUCAACAUCGGCACCAUUGGCCAUGUCGACCACGGCAAAACCACCUUAACCGCCGCUCUAACGAUGGCCUUAGCUUCCAUGGGUAAUAGCGCCCCUAAAAAGUAUGACGAAAUCGACGCCGCUCCAGAAGAGCGAGCCCGUGGUAUCACCAUUAACACCGCCACCGUUGAAUAUGAAACCGAGAACCGCCAUUACGCCCACGUUGACUGCCCGGGGCACGCUGAUUAUGUCAAAAACAUGAUUACCGGAGCUGCCCAAAUGGACGGUGCCAUUUUGGUCGUUUCCGGAGCUGAUGGACCCAUGCCCCAGACAAAAGAACAUAUCUUGUUGGCUAAACAAGUGGGUGUUCCAAACAUGGUUGUGUUUUUGAAUAAACAAGACCAGGUUGAUGAUGAAGAGCUUUUGCAAUUGGUCGAAUUGGAGGUCCGUGAAUUGCUUUCAAGUUAUGAAUAUCCUGGUGAUGAUGUCCCUAUUGUUUCUGGGUCUGCCCUUUUAGCUUUAGAAGCUUUGAUGGCUAAUCCAAGUGUUAAGAGAGGUGAAAACCAAUGGGUUGAUAAGAUUUAUGAACUUAUGGAUUCUGUUGAUAGUUAUAUUCCUAUUCCUCAAAGACAAACUGAUUUGCCUUUCUUGUUAGCUGUUGAGGAUGUGUUUUCCAUCACGGGUCGUGGUACUGUUGCCACUGGUCGUAUUGAGAGAGGUAUUGUUAGGGUAGGAGAGACUGUUGAUAUUGUUGGAUUGAAAGAAACGAGGAACACCACAGUUACUGGUGUGGAAAUGUUUCAGAAGACAUUAGAUGACGCUAUGGCUGGUGAUAACGUUGGGUUGUUGCUUAGGGGUGUUCAAAAGGCUGAUAUUCAGAGAGGGAUGGUUUUGUCUAAACCAGGAACGAUUACUCCACAUGCUAAGUUCACCGCCAUUGUUUAUGUGUUGAAGAAGGAAGAGGGUGGUAGGCAUUCUCCCUUUUUCGCAGGUUAUAGGCCUCAGUUUUACAUGAGGACCACUGAUGUGACUGGAAGGGUGGCUUCAAUUAUGAAUGAUAAGGAUGAGAAGUCUAAGAUGGUUAUGCCUGGUGACCGUGUAAAGAUGGUUGUUGAGCUUAUUAUGCCGGUGGCUUGUGAGCAAGGGAUGAGGUUUGCUAUCAGAGAAGGAGGGAAGACGGUUGGAGCUGGUGUUAUUCAGUCUAUCAUUGAGUGAUUUUAGUAAACUUUGGCAUUGCAGGAAAUUUUAUUUGCUUUUUGAGUGAUGUCAAAAACUUUUUAUGUCAAGGAUAUGCAAUUAGUUUCGCCAUUUUUAGAACCUCGUUGAUUCCAAUGUCAUAUAUGUUGCAGUUUUUCACUUCUUUUGCUUCAGACUCAUUCCAAUCUAGUUGGGUAAAUUUCAUGUCAUAAUUUGAUGUGGUCUUAUUUUUCCCUGUUGCUUCUGCUGUUAUUGCUAAUUCUUAGAGCUUUUGCUUGCUUUAGAAAAUGUGAUGAUCCUAAGGUAGUUAACACACACUAAUCUUCUCAAGGAAUUCAUUGUUCUUCAAGGCUGUUUUUGUCUGUGGCAAUGAAACUUUAAUACAGCAUUGUCGAUCUAGUCUGAC